AUGAUAGCAGAGUAUAUCUGUGUGUGGGCGGCAAAAGAGGAUCGACCGAUGCUUUGUCAUGCUCUUCUAUCCCUUGGUUUGAGGUUAAAGUCUACUCGCUUCAAAUUGAAUGCCAUUCUCACUCUACACAAGCCUGUUGAGAACUCACUCCAUAUCAACAUGUCGUCAAACUCCAUGGCUGACCUGGUCGGUGAAUAUGUAAGAGUGGCCCAAAAAUAUCAUGAAAAGGCCAUCUCUGUCCUCCGAAAACAGCUCGAAUAUUCGGAGACUAACACACGCACACGAGAAGAUGUCACUCAAAUCGUUGAAAUGCUGGAAAACUGCACAAUUCAGAAACCGCUCACUGCUAGAGAAGUGCUUCGAUUAAGACCUAGCGGCAGCUUGAGUAAGAAACUUGUGGUUUGCUCAGAGGACGAUGCACGCAAGAUAUUCGAUAAAGGGCCCCCAUGUUUUCCAGUCCUUGUGGUCGAGUCAAGUACUCAGCAACAUAUCUCCAUAGAUUGGUUCUUAGGCAUUCUCGAAACUCGAGCAAAUCUUGAUGUCCACGAUUUCGGCAAAAACAUCAAGAACAAAGGCAGAGUUGCUGAGAGAAUCCCUUCGAGUUCUGCCAUAGACAUGUUCAAGAGCCGACAGAAGAUGCAACGAAACGGAAGCCGAAUUUACCCAUUAAACUUCCUCAACCUCAACGGGAUUAAGGACAAUGCUGUCCCGGGAUUCUUGGCGAAUCGCAAAGACUUCAAGAUACUAGAGCUCUCACGUGAAGAAAACGGUAAAAGGGAGUAUCGCACAGAAUCCACGGACCUGGACGAAUCAACUUCUUUUCACUUACUCGCCAGCCAAGGGGCGGUGCAUCUCCCGCAUGUCGAUCAUCACUAUGUAUAUACAACAAUCUUCAACGAGGAAGGGCACAAGCUGUGGCUCAUGUGGCCAGGUUUGGGGAUUGACGGUCUCCAGACAUGGAGGGAGACGGGCCAAGUCCCCGAUGGUGGCAUUCCUGUUUAUAUCGCACCUGGGUAUACUCUCAUCCAGCCACCUGGUACAUUGCACGCGCCGAUCACAGUCUCAGACUGUUUGAUGACAGGGACAAUGCAUUGGCAUAGUUCCCAACUUCAUAAUAUACUAAGAUAUACCAAGGCAGAAAUCGAAUAUCCAGAGAUUACAAAUGAGUCCUUUUCGCGCCAAUUUAUUGAAAAGAUGACAAUAAUUCUAGCUCUAUGGAGAAGAGGAUCGAAAGCCUAUACGUGGCCGCCAGAUGAACAUCUUCACGAAUGCCUAGAAAUCCUGGAGUCUAGUGGCUCAAGGACGGCUGCGAUUGUGAUCAAACCGCUUCAAAAUGCAAAACGUGCCGAUGUGCAAGCGAAAAACGCCCGUGUGAUGAAAGAUGUCACUAUGGUGAUUACACACGCUAUCAGCCCAGAAAAAUCACCAUAA